AUGAGGAAAUUUGAUACAUGGUCGUCGGUGUUUUUCAGGCCAGAAUGGAAGAGGAACUGGCCGUUCCUUUUCGGUGUCGCCAUAACCAGCCCCUUGAUUACCAAGAUGACUAUCGGAUUUUCUGAGGAAGAGGUGAAGAAUUCUCCCUUUGUAAAGAGGCACAGUCGAAGUCGAUGA